UUGUCAAGAAUAAAAGAUAGUGCGGUGCCGACGGUGGAUAUCUAAUUUCAAGGAUGAUGAACGGCUUUGCAGUUAUCAUUCAUUUUGUCGGUGCCAGUUUAUUCAUCAUUCCUGCUCAAUAUGUCAAAGCUUUUCAAGUUUCUUCAUUAAGUGCUGAGUCUGCAAAUUUUAGCUCAACACCACCAUAUUCUAAAAAUAGAACAGUCUUGGAGAUUGAAAGCAACAAUGAAAAUAAUGUUAGCACACCAACCAAUUCUCCUUUAGGCAAUGCCAAUGUUAAUGCUUCAUACACUGGUUCAGAACAGACAGCAUUUAGUACAACUGAGGGUUUGAAGAACAAUGCUACUCCUAGCUUUACACAGACUGAGAUACCCGAAAGAUUCAACACCACAGCCACGUUACCCAAAACUUCAAAUGUUACUCCUUCUAAGGAAUUCAAGACUACAACCACAGCAGAAAACAAACAAGUUAAACCAGAAAGAAAAACGGUAAAAUUUGGAAUUAUUGUCGUUAUCAUCAUUGCUGUCGUUAUCCUGGUUACAAUCAUUGUAUUUGUGGCAAUAUACCUCCUCAAUCGAAAAGGAAAAACUGCAUCAUAUAAUCCUGAAUCAAGCGCUGAACGUAUACCAAUCAACGAAGCAGGCACAGGAAGGUCUGAUACAUAAGGAAAAAAGCACCAAUUAUGAGUGGGAGGAGCUCACAGGAUUGAAUAUUUUCAUUAGGGAAGUGCAACGAAAGUAUUUUAACAACCUAAUUAUAAGGAGAAAAUUUUAUGUUGGUAAUUUUGUUUACUUGCAAAAUGCUGUUUCAAUGAAAAUUACUUUUUUAAAAAAACUUUGGGGACCACAAUUGCAUUCUAUAUUCCAGCUGGGGGGAGAUGGUGGUGUAGUGGUAAUCUCAUUCGACUAGUGAUCCAGAGGCCCAGGCUAUAGCUCAGGGUACAUAUGUUCAAAUCCCACCAUAACAGCUGGUGAUUUGAUCAGUAAGGUCUGGAAUUGAAAGCUAGUCUCAGUAAUAGUGACCAUCAAACCAUCAUUGAUUGUCACAAAAACACAUCUGAUUCACUAAUGUCCUUUUAGAAAAGGAAAUCUGUCACCUUCAUCUGA